GUCGUUUCAGAGACGGAGGAGCACGGUUGCUUUCCAGCUUCCGGGCGAGACCGGUGAAGAAAGAGCCUCUCGCAAGACAUCCGAGGUGCACGCGAGCUCUCCUCUCGAGAAAUUUGCCGGCAGUCGAGCUCCCUCCCGGCGUGGAUCGAUGUCCCAGGCCGAUGUCGAUACGGACAAGCCGAGUGGUCGGAGUUCGCAAGCCAGAUCCCGGUCUCCUUCGCUAUCGGUUCUCCACCGAUCCAGCCUGGGCUCGCAGCCAAAGCGCAACGACAGCAACCCAUUUGUGCCCCCAGCCGAUGGAGAGACGCGAGGCUCCCGUCGGCAAUCGCGGAGAACAUCCGAUAACGUUUUUCUGACGGCCAUCUUUGAUGAGGGAUCCCAUCUGUCCAUCAAUGAGACCCAUCUGUCGGAGCCCACUCGUUAUUCCUCGAUCCACCUGCUGUCGCCCUACCAAAAGUUUCGCCAAAUCGCUCGGACAAUCGCCUGGGCAUGCAACUUCCUCAAGUUCUUGUCACGGAUCCUCAAGAAUCCCAUCGAGUGGACCUGGCACUACGAUCCUGGAUGCUUUGCCAACUUGCUGAAGGAACAAGCAGAGGCCAAGGCGCGGCUCGCCAGUGCGCCGAUGCUGAAUCGACACGUCAGCUCCCUUCAGUUUUCGAUAUCCCAUUUGUUUGUGGAGGAGCGAAAGUUUGAGGGAUAUCUCACUCCGGAGAUGCGGUCUCUCUUUCGAAAACUCCCGGAGGAGCGAAAUUCACAUGACAUCGACACUCUUGUCCGAUGGACAUCGAGCAUGCGGUGCUUCAAAUCCUUUCCAAAGGACAUCCAUCGCAAGUUGAUUGAAGCCGGCUCCUACGAAAAGUGGGGGAGCAGUCGCACCAUUGUCAAAGAGGGCCACCAUGCCAUGUACUUUUAUGUGAUCCUCGAUGGAGAGAUCGAGGUUUCGUAUGUUGAUUACGAAGGCCACGAAGCCCUUGCAUCCGAGGGGCAAGACUACUCCCGGGCAUAUAUCCACAUCCUUGGACACCAGGUUGCUGGAGAUUCGUUUGGCGAGCUCUCAUUCGUAGAACAAACCCCACACGCAACAACAGCUAUCACCCAGAAGCCGACCGAGUUUCUGACGAUUAGCAAGGAGGAGUACAUGGAUAUUAUGGAGAUGCGGCAAGAUCCCAGCGGCACGGAGAAGCUCGAGAUUAUGCAAGGCAUUCCGCUGCUGUGCACCCUGAGUUUGCCAAUGGGACCACUUGCACACUACUGCGAGAUUCAAUCCUUUGCACCCAACACGGCGCUGAUCGUCGAAGGGACCGUGCCGACCCGAAUCUAUUUCCUUCGGAAAGGUACAUGCCGUAUCAUCAAGCUGGUCAAGUUCAUCAAAAAAUCUUACCACCUGGGCUCCAAGACCACCUUUCACCUUAUGCCGCUGGACCGACAGUCCCCAGGCAGCGGGGCGGCAGUGUCCAGCGCCGACGACACAGACAUUGUCACCAAGAUCCUUGUUGUUGGCGAGCUGAAGCCUGGCGACCACUUUGGAAACGAGACCGAUCCGCUCGAGUCCAGCGGAUACUCGACAGAGCUGCCCAGCCCCGUCACGAUUGUUACGAAUGAGCGAGUCGAUGUGGCAGAGAUGGCCAAGAUUGACUUUCACAAGUUCUCGACGCCGCGGACCAAGGAGCUACUGGAAACGGGCCGAGCACCUCUGGCCGACCUGGAAAAUCUGUCGAAAAAGUAUAUAUCGGACCGGCUGUGGAGCUCGUAUAAGCGCAAGGUUGUGAAGGACAUUGUCAAGAUGCGCGAGGAGCAGAGCACCGGGAAGCGGGUGAUCUUAAUGCAGUAGUCGAAUGGGACUAGGGCGACGGGCGAUGGAUGGGGUAAUAACCAUCAUGGUGCUUGUAUUGGCUCCAGUAUUAUUGGGGUGCCAUUCCGCAAUCCGAU